AUGAGUACCCGGACAACUCGAACUCGUAAGAUCGAGGAAUCAGAGGCCGGCCAAGUGGACAGCAGAGGUGGUAGUGGUUCAAGUUCUGCCACAGAAAACAAUGAUAUUGACCAAGGAACGACCAUGCCCGAGAGGGUCCAGCAGCAGUCUGUUGAGUCUCGAGAAAACACCUCCCCGAGCUCUACUGGCUCAACGAGGCCGACAUCUCUGGUGCAGGCAACACGCAUUUGGGAAUUGGAAGCUCAUAGUUCCAUUACUCGUCGUUCCGACCUCAAGCAUCUUUGCGAGGCCUGCAAGCGUCUGCAUCACAUCACAAUUCCGCAUCUAUACAGGUCUGUUAUCUUUUCUACGACGGAGUUGUCGAUAGCUGGCUUGGUCACUGUGAUGGAGAACAUUCCAAUGGAAUACUUGAAAUACACGCGGGAACUUGGUUUCCGCGCUCCAAUUCAUGAGCGAGUGGAACGUCGUUGUGUUCACAAUGACUAUGCGGACUUGAACGACGAAGUGGUUGAGCAAAGAUGGGAUAGCAACAGUAUGGACGAGGCAAGCAUAUCAGAGCCUUUUUUCGACAUGAUGUCUGCUCUGAUGUUUUACAAAUUUCCCGAUGAUCAGCUCCGGACUUUCCGGUGGGAGCUGGGGACCUGUGUACCGGAAGAUAUGCUCUGGGGUGGGCAGUCACCCCUCAGGAAUCAGAGGCAGAUUGAAUCAGUUACCCUCGUCACAGAUGGCGGAUGUGGUGCCAGCAUAUUUACACAAUACUUUGUAGACCUCGCUCGAUUAGAGGGACUACGGUCGCUCGAAUGGAGAGGCCUACAACGGUAUGAUGACUUUGAGUCGAUUGCAAAGUGUAUUGCAGUGCGUGGACACCAGAUAGAAUCUCUGAGCCUUGAUCUCGUGUUCUGGAACCGCGCAGAGAUGAUCUGGAUAGAUGUAUUCAGUGAACGAAUUCAACAACGAACAAGGGUUCCCGACAACUUCUUCGCGCACACAGUGCUGGGCAUCCAGCCAGGAGUCCACAAGCAAUCCCUGCCACACCUAAAAUUUCUGGCCUUGUCGAGUGUAUCGUUCCACCACGCAGGCAUGGAAAUGUUGGAUGCUUUCAACGUCGAACGACUGCAGAGUUUGAAGCUAUGCAACUGCCCGGGCACCCUUGACUGGUUGCAACUGGUAAUUGCUUCAGAGAUGGUGAUGAACUUGAAAAGCUUCGAACUUGUUUUCAACUCCGGCACCAGUGACCUCAGGUUGGAUUCCGUUGAACGUCUUAGUGAAACCGUGGGCGGUUUCAUCCGGCGUCUUCGGGGACUAGAAAACCUAUUCAUCAUGCUCUCAUGUCCAGUUGACUGGAACACUGUCGCAGAUGCAAUAUCAACUCACGAUUCCAGCCUCAAACGUGUUGUUACUCAUUGUCUAGACGAUAUAGGUGGCUGCGACUUCAAUGACAGCGACGUACCCUGGAACCUUCAAUUCGACCAUGUCCUGGAUGGGAGAUGCUUGGAGGGUUUUGGAACGUCCAUGUUACCGCGAGAACUGCUCGGUCACUUCAGACGCAUGUCGACUAGACCGGUUUGCAAAUUGUUACACCUCAGAACAAGCGGAAUUGUCCUUGAUGGACUGGUUGGUUUCGAGGAGGAGGCACCUGCCAGUGACGUAUUUGGGACAACUGUACUUGGCAAGGACGAGUACAACUUUGCAGAGUGGGCGUUUAGUACUGACGGCCUGCCUAAUCUUCAGAUCCUCGCCCUGGGGGACUUUUCGUUUGAAGGCCGCUAUUCGAAAUAUAACGUUCUACUUUGCAGAUCAGACAGCGGCUAUCAAAUAUUGACCCGUCUUAACACGCAGUCAUGGGAUCUCGUCCAGAACAAUACGGACAUGCUGGCAGCAUGCCCUUUUGAUGCAAUUAUGAUCUAG